UCCCCUUUUGGAAAAGAGUAGGGAUGAUUUUGAAGACAGGUUAAGUAGACUUCCGCACAAACCUGCUGGAAACCCAAUCAUACGUUUCUUGGAGUUAAUUGGAAUAUUUGACAAAGCGUUCACCAGUCACGCAAAUGCUGAGAAUGUAAAUCAUAAGCUAUAUCGUGGACAACAAUGGAACUUUGGUCAAUUUGAUCAAGCAUUACUAAACACUCGUCCAAUAUAUAAACUCAAUUUGAACGAAGGGAUGGCGAAUUCGGAAAUCUUUGAUCCCAUAAAACCUGGUUCAUUACAAUAUCGUGCGUGGACAAAUGAAUUGAGAGCUCUUUUAGAUGAGUGGGGAACGGCUGGUUUUGACGGUCAUUCCGACGAAUCAAAGUAUAUGUGGACCAUAGAUCAACUAUAUGAAGCUGUGCAAGAAAGUCAAGGAGGUCUAUUGGCCGGUUAUUUUCCAUAUAAAGCCGUG